ACGGCUUCCGCUUCCUGUAUCCGGUGAUGGAGGCUCUGUUGAACGAGUACGUCUGAACACAGCUGCGCUAAAAACGAUUAACACCCAGUUGAGGACAAAUAAUAAACAGCGCUUAAAACACGCGAAAUCAAGAUGCCGGUGGCUGUCGGUCCGUACGGCCAGACUCAGCCCAACUGUUUUGACCGGGUCAAGAUGGGCUUCAUGAUGGGCUUUGCUGUAGGAAUGGCUGCUGGAGCCAUGUUCGGCACUUUCUCCUGUCUCAGGAUCGGCAUGCGUGGCAGAGAGCUGAUGGGAGGAGUGGGAAAAACCAUGAUGCAGAGCGGGGGGACGUUCGGCACUUUCAUGGCCAUCGGUAUGGGCAUCCGCUGCUGAGGAGGACGGGGAAUGACCGCAUCAACAUCUAUGGGACUUUUCAAACCACACACUGCUCUCUGUGAGCUGAAAGCUGUCACACUCUCAACCUGCAGUCUCACUUUGUCAAUAAAGGUUCACAUUUGUCAAA